GGGGCCGCAGCGAACAAGCGCACAAACCCGUGACCACACUGAAAAAUUCGAGCCCACAAUCCCGCCGGCAUCAUCAGCGACAACACCAUCGACAGAACCUAACGAAACCCUUUCCCCGUUCAUCCGCCAAAUACAGUCAACAUGGGUAAGGUCCACGGAUCCCUCGCUCGUGCCGGUAAGGUCAAGGCCGCCACUCCCAAGGUCGAGAAGCAGGAGAAGCCCAAGAGCCCUAAGGGCCGCGCCCGCAAGAGGAUCAUCUACACUCGUCGUUUCGUCAACGUCACCAUGACCGGUGGCAAGCGCAAGAUGAACGCCAACCCCAGCUCGUAAAGAACGCACUCACCGAGGGUUUGAUAGUCCGGUGAUCGGGAGUUCCCUAGAUUGCCGUGAAUGAAGGGAGGCUGAGAAUGUGAUACAUAUUUGCGUUGGAGCCAUACGUGGCAUUUGAAACGGUCUCUUUUUCUUCUGAUCUUGCGAAACGGGUUCGGUUCAAAGAGAUGGUUAGGGAUGAAUAAUGUUCAGUUAUCGAACUUGACAUAGGGGCGAAUACAAUCACAUAUUCGGCUUCUCAAAGAUCUACUGAGACGACGCGACCUUGCUUCAUCGUACAUUGAUUUUUCGGAAAGCCUUGUCAGUGCCCAGAUCGGUUGAAGGACAGCUUCGGCGGCUCAGCUCCUGGAGUAUGACACGAGGUGGCAAAGUCGGUUUCGCUAUCAGAUGGACUCGCUGGUCUCACAUAUCCUUCGUCCAUCUCUCCCGUUGAGGGGCCGGACUUGCUGGAUGGCAAGGAGACGUCAAGUAGAUCUCUAGCGCUACGAUUUGUGGUUGGAACGGCCUGCCUCUUGUCAAACAUUUUGUGUAAGAAAUGACAGAGCCCUGGCUAAAGAUACGAGCGGACAGAGAAACCGUAA